AUGAGUGAUGAUGAUUUAGAUGAACUAGAUGAGUUUGAGAGUUUGAUGGCUACUAGACAUAGAAGAAGUAAUGCUGGUUCUAGGUUAAAGAAGUUGCUAGAAUUAGAAAGAGAGUCAAAGAAUAAUCAACAAUUUAUUACUGAAGAUGAUGAAAAUGUAAAUUUGUUAUUUCAAGAAGAUGGUGAAGAUGAAGAAUUUAUCGAUGAAGAAGAGGAAGAACUACUAGAAGAAGAACCAGAAGAGGAAGAAGAACAAUCAGAAACAGAAAGAAAAGAAGAGGAAUCAGAAUCAGAGGUAGCGCAAGUUGUAAAUUCAGAUGAACAAUUAUCAGAUUCAGACAUAUCAGCAUCAGAUUUAGAUGAUUCAGAAGGUGAAAAAGAAUUACAAAAACAAGAAAGAAUUAAAAAACGUAAAAAGAAAACAGUAAUACCAGCAAUUAAAAAACUUAAGUCCUUACCACCAAAACCUAAAAAAUCACAUUUAAUAACUUCAGAUGCUUUAUUAUUAUCUAAUAGAAGGUCAUCUGCUCGAUCAUCAGCAAUGGAAUCAAAACAAGCAUUAAUAGAUAAACUAAAAGAAAGUGAAUUACGAAAAGCUAAAUAUUCCCAUCGCUUCAAACGUAAAAAACAAGUGGAAUUAACUCAGGGGGAAAGAUUAGCACAAGCUAUAGAGACGGAACGAAUGAAUGUUGAAUCAUUAAAUAAAUUCAGAGAACAAGAAUUUAUCAAAAAGGAAAAACAAAAAUCGAUACUCCAAUCCAAGAGAAAGAAGUUGGUUAACGUUAUAAGACUAAUUAGUAAAGAAACAUUUGUCAAUCCGAUUGAAGAAGUCACUUUUGCUCGUAGACAAUGGGAAUAUUAUAUGAAGAUGAGAAAGAGGUUAAGUAAGAAGAAAUUGACUCAAUUGGAAGAAGAAAAUGAAUGGUUUACUACAAAAUUACCAUUCUCGAUUGAUUAUGACCAACCAUAUCAACAAAAUUUAAUUGCCGAGAGGAAGAGGAAGGAAGAGAUACUGAAAUUGGAGAAUAUGAAUGCUGAAUUGAAAGAAAAAUUGGCUGAACUAGAAAAUGUUGAUGAGAAAAUUGUUGAAGAUGCACCUGUUGAUCAUGUGUCUGAUGAUAAACAAGCUACUGAAAAGAAAUUUAAUGAAAAGGAGUCACUUGAAAAGGAAUUACUUAAAGAAGUUGAUGAAAAACCUGUUGAAAAGGAGGAAAUUGUUGAAGAAGAAGCUGAAAAGAAAGUAGAUGAGGAAGAAGGUGAUAAAAAAGUAGACGAAACACUUGUUGAGAAUGAAAAAAUUGUUGAAAAUGAGGUUGAGAAGGAAGUAGUUGAUGAUGAAGGUGAUAAAGCAGAUAUUGUAAAGGAAAAAGUUGACGAAAAAAAAGAAGAUGAUAAGGAAGAAUCAAUAAAGGAUGAAAAUGAAGAAAAGCAAGAAAAUACAAAUAAAGAGAAAGAUUUAACCGUUGAAGAUAGUAAAAAUGUUGAUGUGGAAACCAAAGAUGUUAAAAUUGACAAUGAAGGUGAUGUACAAAUGGAAGAAGUUUCUCCAAAUGAUACCAAUAUAGAAAAUAAAAAAGAAGCUGAGAAAGAAAAGCAAGAUGUUGACGAAAAACAUGAUGUUGAAGUAAAACAAGAAAUAAAUAAUUCAAAAGUACAAGAGAUUAAAAAUGAACAAGAAACCGAAAGAGCUACAACCAAAAUCAAAGCAGAAGAUCAAAAUAAUAAAGAAUCAACACCACAAGAGAAACGAGUAACAUUUGCCGAUGAAACCACUCCAGAACAACCACUUUCAACACCAACACUAACACCAACACCAACUCAAUCAAAUUCAAAUGAAGAAAUUUUUGAAGGACCACCACAACGUAUAUCUCGAAACACAAUCUAUUUCCUAAACUUCGAUGAAGAUCAAAAACUCACCCCUUCAUCAAUAAAAUCAUCCCUAUUUGGAAAACAAUCCAUCUUACCGGCCUCUAGACGAUUCAAGGACUUAAAAACAAUAAUCCACAUAGGAAAUAAUCCCUAUACACAAAAGAACAAACCAGAUACCUUCUUACCAAUUUCAGAAAUAACUGAUGAUUCAUCCAUGUUCGAUGACCUCAAGAAACUACCAAGACUAGGAGUAAAAGUUGAAGAAGUUGAGCAAAUAGAAGAUCAAACCCAAGAUGAGUCAGCUGAAAUUGUAUUAAAAACUGAUGCACCAACUGGUUUAUAUCUCCCUAAUGGUAAUAAGAAAAACUGUAUGAUAUCAGGCACUGAGGUGAAAUAUUUUGAUCCGGCAACAGGUAUACCUUAUUCUUCAGUUGAAGUUUAUAAAUUUUUGAAAUCUAUCGAAAGUGGUUUGAUUCCCUGGUACUGUUUUGAUUUGGAAAGUAAUGAUACUGGUGUUGCUGAAGUUUAUUUAGGAAAUCGUGAUGGUGUUAGACAUGCCAAGGAUGUACCUCAUGGAUUUGAUGGUUAA